AGAUUCUUAAGCCAAAAAAGAGAGGGAGAGAGAGACCAAAGACAGAAGAUUCUCUCUCAUCGCGCUCUCUCUCUCUCUAUAACAACCAUGGCCGAACCCCACGAAACACCGACCGACCCCGCGCCACCACCGGCGGCGGAAGGAAACCCUAACAAGCGCCCCCGAGAAGACGACGGCGGUGAUGAUGAGACUCCGUGGGGAGAAGCUCCGUCGCCGAAGCGGCGGAUCAAGUCGGCGGCUGACGUUCUGUACAGGAUAGUGGUCCCGUCGAGGCAAAUCGGGAAGGUGAUAGGGAAAAGAGGGGCUCGAAUCCAGAGUAUUAGGGAAGAGACCAAAGCCACCAUCAAAGUCGCCGACGCCGUCGCGCGACAUGAAGAGCGCGUAAUUAUUAUAAGCUCAAAGGACAGUGACAACACAAUAUCUGAUGCAGAAAAGGCCCUCUAUCUUAUAGCAAGUUUGAUCCUCAAGGAUGAUGAAGGCAAUCUAGAGGCCCUCAAAGUUGGCGCUGGGCAUGUGGCCUCAAAUACUAUAAGGCUUUUGAUAGCUGGUUCUCAAGCAGGUGGUAUGAUUGGAACGUCAGGUCAAAACAUUGUGAACCUAAGAAAUUCCUCUGGUGCCACAAUAACAGUACUUGCUCAAAAUCAGAUCCCUUUAUAUGCUUCUGCCCAUGAGUCUGAUCGAGUGGUGCAGAUAUCAGGGGAUGUUUCUGCAGUAAUGAAGGCUUUGGAGGAGAUAGGAAGCCAACUAAGGGACAAUCCACCUAAACAAGCAAUUGCCCUAAUUCCAACAUCUAAUCGUGGCUUAAACCGAACACCUCAACAUUAUGUGGACCCAACUUCGGCUGAUUAUAUGACUCUGGAGAUGCUGGUUUCGGAAACGAUGGUCGGUGGCUUGAUAGGGAGAUGUGGUUCGAACAUAUCAAAGAUCAGAACUGAGUCUGGAGCGGCAAUCAAGGUUCAUGGUGGGAAAGGUGAGCAUAAUCAUAGGCAAAUCCACAUUGGUGGUAGCGCUCAACAGGUAGCACUGGCAAAGCAGAGAAUUGACGAAUACGUAUAUUCCCAGUUCAUUCAACAAGUUGGUGCUCAACAGUUGAUUGAUCCUGCAUCUGGAUUGAUGAACACCGCCCUCGCUCCUUUCUUCCCAUCCACGACUCCCACAAAUCAAGUUCCUGCUUAUCCUCCUGGUCUGCCUUACUAUGCUCCACCAAUGUAGCUAUAUUAACCGGCCAAUUUUUGUGAGGCUUAUGGUUAUUAGGGUUUGGAAAAUAUGUAUCUACGAAGCACCACUAUCGUUUGCUGAUUGGCACCGCGUGUUUUAGAUUUCUUAGUGGAAAGUAUGUGUGCCGUUUUUGCCUAUUGUUUUUUGAGGACGAAAUGUACGUACUCUGUACUUGAAUUUUCUAUGAGAGAUGUCAAGGACUUCUAAUUCUGAAA